GGGCGAUGGACGGCGAGAGCGAAGGCGCGGAUUGGCCGCUCGCGCCUCGACGGCUCCGUCCCCGAACCCCCCGUCCCCGCUGCUACCUGUUUGAUGCGGGGCGUCUCUCGCGCGCGCCUUAAAGUGGUGCUGCUGCUGGUGCUGGAGGGCAGGUGUCGGGGGCGAAGAGAGAGGAAAAGGAAGGAGGCGGCGAGGCGAAACGGAAAAGCGCGCGCUGCUCUGCUCUGCUGAGAGACACGAAGCGCGGAGCCCGCCCGGACUUGGCAUGGAGAAGCUCCUGCUCCUGCUCUUGACCCUGCGCCUGGGCAGCUGAACAAUUGCCGGCAUGGUGAAGUGGUUUCAGCAUUGGGCUAGGACUCUGAAGACCAGGGUCUAAAUCUUGGGCAAGUUGCAUGUUUACAGCCUACGAGAAAGGCAAAUCAUCUCUAAACAGAUCUUGCCAAGAAAACCAUUAGUUGGAAAUGACUAGAAGUCACAAAAUAUGUUUUAUAAUGCAAUGAUAUUUUUGCUUUUUGAUGGUUCAAUAUGUGUAAGCUUUGUUUCAUGCACAAUUUGUAUGUAAAAUUACCACCAGACUUUGUGUAUAAGGUGUGAUACUCAACUUGUACAAAACAAGCAAAAUUUAGCACAGUUGUUACAUUUUGGUAAAUAUUGUUAGUUAUGAAUGAUGUCCUCCAUUUGCUGAGACCUUGCUAUUAAGUAGCAAGCAGUCAUUUUAAAACAUUUGUCCAAUAUAUUGCACAGUGAAAAACACUGGAGGUAUGAACUGAGGAUACAGUGUUUCUAUCAGAUUAAAGAGAUGUGUAUGACAUUUUUUCUUUCCCUAGCUCAGUUUUUUGUGGGCUUAAUUUGAAUGGAGGAGAGGUAAAGCAAGGUGUCAGAUAAACAGAAGGGCAUUUCUAAAAAUGUGGUCAUGCUGAUUUUUUCCCUUUGAAGAAUUACACAUUUAUUAUUGCUUUCAUGGCCUACACAGAGAGAGAUUUAUACCUAUCUGCCUCACUAUAGUGCCAUGACUAAGAAAGCUAGACACUAUGAAUACUGAAAGGGCCCUGAAGGUGGGCAUUUCAAGAUUAUUUUGCUAAUGCACUAAGUACUGUUAAUUAAUUAAAAUCUACCUAUAACCUGUUAGACUUUAUUAUAGGCUUGUCUACACUGGUCCUAUGCCCUGGGUCCAAUCAGAAGUCACUCCUGUGUAUCCAAAUGAGACUCAAGGACAUCUGGUUGGUAAUGCAUUGUGAAAUGAAUUAACUCAGUUUUACCUCAUGAUAGAAGCCAAGGAAUGCCUCGCACAUUAGGGAAGUGUGGAGAACUGGACUAGCUCUAAUUAGAACUAGUUCCACACAGUCAGGUGCCACCACACCCUUUUCCCAGAUCUGUAGAGUACAGGAAAAUGCAGACAAAUUGGGACCAUGCUGUCUCUGUCACAGUGGCAGAUGACUUAGAGCUCCAGAAAGCUCCUAACCAUCUCUGAAUGCUUUUGCUGAUGUCAAAAGGUGACCGUGUGAUCAAGGAAAAGAUAGGGGAUCCCCUCUUUCUCCUUAGUUAUGCAAGUGCCUUUGCAGUAAAGGUGCCUGGUAGUGACCAGGAGCUCUCUGGAGCUCUGCAUCAGCUGCCACAACAACAGUGACAACAGUCCAGGUAAGGUUGAGAGUCCAGAGAGGCCAAACCAGGCUCAGCCUGACUAGACAAAAGUUGCAAAGCAUGUAAACAACUGUUGAAUCCAGGGCCAGUCCAAAGCAGCAGUGACCAUGCAGAUGAGCCCUGCAUGAUUGGAUAACAAUUUGUCACUAGGCUAUUAGAUGGCAGAGAGUAGACUCUUCAGAGUAAACGAUUUAUUGAGGAUUCAGAUGUGUUCUUAGAAGUAAAGUGUCUCCUCAUGAGGGAGAAGCUAUGAGUUCUUAAUAUUUGCAUGUACAUAUGGCAGAGGUCAGUGCUACAAAAACCUUCACUUUUUGUUUCUCCAAACAUUAUGCUAUAUGAACAAGUUCUUAACUUUAUUUUUGUACCCCACCUCCAUCUCCUGGAAGUGACUUGGGGUGGCUAGCAUGGGGCCAAGCCCACGUAAACACAAAAUAGCAAAAAAAGAGAACAUAAUAAAACAUAACUUAAAAACAAAACCAAGGUUACAAGAACGAGCUGAGCCAAAGUGCAAGAGUGUAAGUUGUAAACCCAAUGGGUGAGGCAGAUGGGUAAAGUGCUGUGUUUAAGAGAGGGCUAGGAGUGAAAGAUAAAGUUAUUUCUGGCUGAUGGAGCAGAAUAAGAUACAUCAGACAUUGUGAUUGUUAUUGAGGGGGAUUCAUUAAUCAGACUUCAAAGGCACACUGAAAAAGCCAAAUUUUUAGAUUUUUCCUGAAGGCUGACAAGGAGGGUGCUUGCCUAAUCUCCCUGGGGAGAGAGUUUCAGAGCUGAGGGACCACCACGGAGAAGGCCCUCUCCCUCGUCCCCACAAGCUGUGCUUGUGACAGAAGCAGAAGAGAGAGGAGGAUCUCCCCAGAAGAUCGAAGAGAUUGUGUAGGUUUGUAGGAGGAAAUGCUAUCAUGAAUAUAGGCAGGUCCCGAACCGUUUAGAGUUUUGUAGGUAAUUGGCAGCCAAUGAAGCUCCUUAAACAGGAGGAUUGACUGUUUUGGUUAGUAGUCUGGCUGCCGAACGCUGGAGCAAUCUGGGCCAUCUUCAAGGGCAGCCCCAUGUAGAGCGCAUUGUAAUAGUCCAAUCUAGAGGUAACUAAGGCAUGGACCACUAUGGCCAAGUCAGACGAGGUACAGGUGCAGCAGGCGCACAAGUUUUAAUUUGCAAAGGCCCUCCCAGCCACUACCGUCACAUGCGCAUCAAGCAUCAAUGCUGAAUCCAGGAGGACCCCUAAACUGCAGACCUGUGUCUUCAGGGGGAAUGCGACCUCAUCGAGCACAGGUUGCCACCUAUACCCUGAUCUGACGUACGACAGAUCUGGAGGACCUCUGUCUUGUCAGGAUUGAGCUUCAGCUUGUUCGCCCUCAUCCAGCCCAUCACAACGGCCAGACACUGGUCCAGUAUCCAAGAGGCUUCCUUGGAUUUCGGUGGAAAGGAGUAGUAGAAUUGAGUCUCAUCUGCGUAGAGGUGGCACUGAACCCUAAACUCUGGAUGACUUCAUCCAGCGCUUUCAUGUAGAUGUUAAAAAGCAUGGGGGACAGAAUAGAACCUUGCAGGACCCCAUAGGUCAAUGGCUAAUAAUAAUAAUAAUAACAACAACAACAACAACAACAACAAUAGUUUAUUUUUCUAUCCCGCCACCAUCUCCCUGAAGGGACUUGGGGUGGCUAACAUGGGGCAAUGCUCAAAACAAAAGCAGAAUAAAACACAACAAAUAUCAAAACAAAAACAAUGAUGACAUCAAAUAAAAUAAACAAUUUAACAUUUUAAAUACAAUAAAACACAUAAAAUCAGAAAAAUGGGUAAUGAUACAACAUCAACCACUAAAGAUAAAAGGAUAAAAUGGCCAAGGGUCCAAGCAGGUGCCUUCAAGUUUCACCAACUGGGAGCUGCCCUCCAGGAAGGACCAGAACCACAGCAAAAUCAUGUCCCCGAGAACCAUCCCAAAAAGCUGACCCAGAAGAAUACCAUGGUUUACAAAUAAUGCAUACACCCUUAGCAGGAUUAAAGAUUUCAGUACAGGCAGUUCGCAAAUUACAAGCAUCCGACUUACAAAUGACUCAUAGUUACAAACGGGGAUGAGAUAACAGGACAUGAAAAGAAAUCAACCCCUAGGAAGGGAAUAUUCACUCCUGGAAGAGUUAUCAUGGGAAAAAGGUGUUCUCCACUGAAACUUUCUCACCAGUCCUUGUUUCCACAACAAGCAAAUUUUUUCAAAAUCUAAUUAUCACAGGGACAGAAAGUGAGGUGAAAUCUUCUGAGCAGAGGUACCGACAGCAAAACAAAUACCACAGGGAUGUUAACCCUUCCCUGUGCUAUCCAAAGCUACAGUGUGGGGGUGGGGGUGGGGGGUGGGUGGAGUUACACUUUAAAAUUUACUUGUUCUGAUUUGCAUACACAUUCAAGUUGAAAACAAACCUCCAGAACCUUUUCAUAACUUGGGGGCUACCUGUAAUAGAGAAAUGGGAAGGAAAACGAGACACUCCAGUGAGGGCUUUUAUCCCAGGUGAUUUUGGUCCAAACUGUAAGUAUAGUUUAGUGAGGAGAGAGAUAGACUAGACAGAAAUUAAAAUGGUGCUAAGGAAAUAACAUUGAAACCAUUCUGGAAUAGCAGGUUUGAGUCCCAAUGAAGUUAACAACAUUUGCUAAAACACAUCAGGUACAUAAAGGAGGGGUGAUUAUUGCGAUCAGAGAGAAAUAAAACAUAGGAGGUACAAUGGAUAGUAAUCUUGUUAUUGUAAUGCCCAUUCAUAAACUACUGCUGACAACAUAAAUAUACUGUCUCCAGCCCCUUCCACACAAUUGUAUAAAAUCCACAUUUAAGUGGCUUAUAUGCUAGUGUGGGCUCAGAUAAUUCAGUUCAAAGCAGAUAUUGUGGAUUAUCUGCCUUGAUAUUCUGAGUAAAACAGCCAUAUAACCCAGAAUAUCAAGACAGAAAUCUUUAUAUCCAAAGAUCUGAUCCCAGGUUUUCUGCUUUAAACUGGACUAUAUGAGUCAGUACUGUCACAUAAUCUGGGAUAAAUGAAAAACCUGGGAUCAGAUCCUGAGAUAUAGGGCCUGUUUGGAAGGGCCCUGGGACAUGGUUGAAAUGCCCUGAUUUGAAAGGCUGCAUAGUGUAUGCAGUCCUGUCUGACACAGGACUUGGAUGGAUCCAAGUACCUAUUUAUCUACUCACAUUUCUUUGUUCAAUCUGCUAGGUGGGCAAGAAGCUGGGGCUGACCUGGGCCUGACUCACUCUGACCUGGGCUUGAACUUCCAACCUUUCGAUUGUCAGGAUUUUCUUCAGCUUAGUGGUUUAUCCUGCUGUGUGGCCCCUAUAAGCCACUAAUGUAAUGUUUUGGAUCUGAGAAGUACCUGCAAAUUGCAGCAUACCUGGGCAUCACAUACAAUAUAAAAUCAGAUUUAAGCAUGAAAAAAUAGAUUGGAAUUUGAAAGUGUUACUUUCUUUAAAACUAUGCCGCCCAGAAUCUCCCUGCCACCAAGACACUGGGAUUUGUGUCUCACCCAGAAAAAACCCCCAAGUGUUUCCUUAUAUCAGUUCACUAAUAGCCAAGGGAGCCGCGGUGGUGCAAUGGGUUAAACCCUUGUGAACUGCUGACCUGAAGGUUGGGUUGCUGACCUGAAGGUUGCUGGUUUGAAUUCGCGAGACAGGAAGAGCUUCUGUCUGUCAGCUCUAGCUUAUGGGAACAUGAGAGAAGCCUCCCUGUAACACAUCCAGUCAUCCCCUGGGCAAUGUCUCUGUAGAUGGCCAAUUCUCUCAUACCAGAAGCGAUUUCAAGUUGCUUUUGACACAAUAAAAAAACUAAUAGCCAACUAGCAGACUAAUUUUUUACACAUGCUGUAUACACAAGCCAGUAUUAUGAGUGUUAUAAUAAAGGAGAGUGCAUCUAAACAUAUGACAUUAUUCCAGUACAUGUCUGAGCUCUGCAGGUCAAUUCAUAAUUCCCAAACUGCAUUGCACUGUGAGGAGCUGCCUUGAUAGAUGGUUCUAAUAGUAGGAGUAAGAGGCACUGCUGCAAUCAUGUAAAUCUUUCUGUGUGCCUAAAAGCACACUUUGAUCAAUAUAUAGUUGGCAUUGCUAUGAAAAUCCCAUCAUAAAUUCAAAGGAAAUUCAGGAGGAAGGUUUUUUUAUGAAAUUAAGAAUAGAUUUUUGAUAGGAUUGACAAAUUGUCAGUCGAAUUUCACCCAUCCCUGGGUAUUCUACAGCUUUUUGGAAAUUGAGAAGAGAAAUUGUUUGCUAGGAGUGCUAUUAUACAAAGAAUGGAGCAAAAUACCUGAAUUUAAAAUACGUUUUGCUUAGGUUAUAGUAAGAAAUUGGUUUCCUUUCCAUUCUGAGGGAGAAUUCAGCAUAACUAAAACUUUGCAAAUGCCUAUAUUUAACAGAAAUGGCUCCAGCGAAAACGACCAACUCCCCUUCUCUUAUUAAGGUAAAGAUAAAGGUUUUCUCCUGAUAUUAAGUCUAGUCGAGCCCUACUCUGGGGGUUGGUGCUUAUCUCCAUUUCUAAGCUGAAGAGUCGGCAUUGUCCAUAGACGCCUCCAAGGUCAUGUGGCCGGCAUGACUGCAUAGAGUGCCAUUACCUUCCCACUGAAGUGGUACCUAAUGAUCUCACAUUUGCAUGUUUUUGAACUACUAGGUUGGCAGAAGCUGGGGCUAACAGUGGGAGCUCACCCCGCUCCUUGGAUUUGAACUGCUGACCUUUCGAUCAACAAGUUUACCAGCUCAGCGCUUUAACCCGCUGUGCCACCGGUUGCUCUUUCUCUUAUUACAUAGGACCGUUCUUCAUGAAAUGUUUCAGUUUUGAUCUAAACUAAUUAUCUGAUUUGCUUUUAAUUGUUCAAGGGAAAUUAAUUUACUUUGAAGUUUGUUCUGUGUGUCAACUAAAAUGAAUGCAUGUAGUCAUUUCCUUCCCUUUUAGCUGAGGUAACUUGCCUCUGUAAAGAAUUUUGAAAGUCAGAGAGCUGCUUCUGAUAAGACAGUUUGUAUUUGUGAAUAUAUAUUUUUUGAUGUGCUGGAAAUAAUUUCACUAAAAACACUGGAACCCUUCUUUCAAGUGAGGAACUUGCUGGAAAUUUAGUUAAUUAUACUGAGAUGAUCAUGGGGAGAAGAAAAUGUUUAAUGUCAUUUGGAGAUGUACUUCACAGCUGCAGUGAUUCAGAAGAGAUGUUGCACCUGCUGUAUCCAUCAAGCUGCCACAAGUUUGAUGACCUAGCUGUUAAAGAAGAAGUGGGAAAAACCCUAAGCAAUGACAAUCAUUUCCUAUCAUAAAUACAAGGAAAAUGUAGAAUAUUUGGCCUAGUUUCUAAAAGCUUGGUUUCAAGAAACAUAAUUGGUAGACUGGGUUAGCUUGUGAAAGGAAGAGCUUGUGAAAUGGCUUUUAAAAAGUCAUACAUUAGAGUUAUGAUACUAAGACUCAAAAGGCUACCAUUGCGAUUAUAAUCCGAGGGCCCUUCCCCAAACCAUAUAUUCCAGAAUAUCAAGGCAGAUAAUCCACAAUAUCUGUUUUGAAUUGGGUCAUAUAAUCCAGUUCAAAGCAGAUAAUGUGGAAUUUUAUUCAGCUGUGUUGAAGGGGCCAAAAAGCUUUCCAUCAUUUCUCAAGAGUUAAAAUCCUCAAUUUUUAAAACAAUCUGAAUGCUACAAACUUAUCCCCAUAUCCUCCGAAUGAUAGUGGUAACUGAAAUGGUUGCAUGGUGGAAAGAGAUGAGUUAUUCCUCAAAAAAAUUACAAUUGUAAUAUAAUUAAGUUUUGGCCUAGUUGUUGAAAAAUAGAUUAAUUGUGAGUAACUAAACAUUUAAAGUGAGUUAUUUCCAAAGCUGAGUUACAGGGCAAACAUUGUACCGCUUUAUAUCAUUUGUUUUCAUCCUUAGGUCCUUGUUAUGUUUUGAACAGUGACACUUAGGGCCCUUCCACACAGCCAUAUAACCCAGAAUAUCAAGGCAGAAAAUCCCACAAUAGCUGCUUUGAACUGGGUUAUCUAAAUCCACACUGCCAUAUAUUCCACUUCAAAGCAGAAAAUGUGGGAUUUUAUUCAACUCUGUGGAAGAGGCCACAGUUUCUAACCAUAGACCAUUCUGGCUAGAGCUUCUGGUUGCUAACAUUUGAAACAUCUGAAAGAGUUUAGAUUGAGAAAUAGAAGAUCAUUGAUUUGCUUUUUAGUGUAUUUUUUAAAAAAACACUGGAGUCUAGCAAAAUACAGAAAACACUACACGCCAUUACUGCCUUGAAGCUGAGAGUAUUUCACAGUGCUAAUUAGGCAGAAAGGAAGAAAAAUGUAAUGGAAGAGGCGUUGUGAAGAGAUAGAAAAGGCGUUUCUAAUUUUUCUUUAAAUAAAUAGUGGUAUACACAUGAUUCAGCCAUUGUUAAAGCAAUGAAACUGUAAGAAUCAAUUUUAUACUUAAAACAGGGAAUAUGUGUCCCUUCACAUGCCAUUGGCUGGAGUGCCUAUCAUCUCUGACUACUAGCAAUGCAGGCAGCGGUGAUGGGAUCUGCAUACCAAAAGCAUCCUAAAAGUCUCCAUAAUUUGAAGGGGCAUCCUGUACUAGGAACAUCUGGUAGAUUUAAAUUUGCCAAAUUUAGGAAUUGCUAAUCUAACAAUUGACUAUCACACUAGAGCAUAAAUCCACUUUAAAUCUGGUUUCUGCCUCCUGCAGAAUUCUGGGGUUUGUAACACGUUUUAUUGAUUAGCCCAUCGGCCAUAUCAAAUCAUUUAGCACAUAGACAUACGACAUACAACCAACAGUACAACAGAAGUUAAAAUAAGCUGUUAACAAGGUCCCGAUCUAGAUCGAAUUUCUGCAUCACAUUUACAGUUUACCCCAAUCGAUUCCAGAUAUGCGGUUGUCAGCUGAGUUGCUUUAAAUAGGCAAAGGGCUGCUUUGUAUGUUAUUUUAGCAUUUUGGCUGGCCAAUAAAAAUGUAGUUUUCAUAUAAGGAUCCCAGUGUGUUUUGUGUAUAUUGUAUGGCCUGAGGUAUUGGUUUCUCUUUCUUAUACAAGUUUCAGCUGAACGGUACAUGUGUGAUAUCUUCUACCUCUGAUGCUUCACAGAUACAAAAUCGUUCAUUGUAUGGAACUUGAUUAAACCUUUCAUGUCUGACCAUUGUAUCUAGCUGAUCAAAUCUAGUUCUAGCAAAUACUCUCCUGAGGUGUUCAGGCAUUUCAAUCUUUAGGUAUUGGGCAGUUUGGAAAGUAUGUUUAAAAUGGCUUAUCCAUUUCAAUGAGCCAGCUUUACUGAGGGCAGCAAUGUCUUUCUGGGCUUCUAUAUCCAGCGUUUGUUGAGCAACCAUUUUUGGCUCCAGUUCUUCUAGGAGAUUUGGAUACAGAAUCAGGUGUCCACAAUUCCUAAUGUGUUUUGUCAAUUGAACUAUCAAAGAGAUCUGAUGUUGAUUUUCUAUCUGCUCUAACAGGCACAGUUUUGGUAGUCUGUCAUUUGCCAUAGCAUUCAAUUUUACUCAAUAGUUGUAGGCCCUAAUUUUGGAUAAGCCAUCAACUGUAUAUACUCCAAGUUCUGCUCUUACUGUGGCAGCUGGGGUCAUUUUGUCCACUCCCAGAAAACUUUGCAGGUGCUAUGAUUGUGCUUGCUCUAACAAUGGUACCUGGUUUAGACCCCAAACUUCAGCUCCAUAUAAGAGCAUGGGGGUAACCUUAGCCUUAUAUACUUUAAGGAGUGGGCCUAAAGAUUCUGGAUGGCAAUGAUUUGUUGGCUAUGAUUUGUUAAUUUAAGCAGUACAUUUGCACGUGCUCUUGCUCUGACUGAGCAUCUUUGAUAAUGUGGGAACCAAGAGCCAGUCUCAGAAAAAACAAUUCCCAGGUACGUAAAAGUGCAGACUUGCUCUAUUGGUUCACCAUCCAGAAGCCAUCUAUGUCCGUUACGUCAUUUGCCAAAUACCAUUAUUUUUACUUUGAUUUAUUAAUAAUUAGAGUGUUGUUAUGACAAUAAGAAUUAAAUAUUUUCAGCAACCUACGUAGCCCAGCUUGCGAAUAUGACAAUAAAAUCAUGUCAUCAGCAUAUAACAAGAUUAACAUCUUGCUAUAUGCUGAUGACAUGAUUUUAUUGUCAUAUUCGGUAUAUGUACCUCUGGGUCCUUCAGCUGUUCGGGGAGAUCAUUUACAUAUGGGCUAAAUAACAGUGGUGCUAAUACACCCUUGUCUUGACCCAUUUCUACACUGUUUGUCAUGGCUCCUUGCGUCCCAAAUCACACUUUCAGGUAGGUGUUUGUGUAAAGUGCUUUGAUCAGUGCCAGCACCCUGGGUUCCAUAUUGAGAUCAGUUAAUUUCUUCCAUAACUUUUCUCUAUUUACAGCAUCAAAUCCUGUGCUAAGAUCUAUUCUGGGGUUUAUAGUUGGUGAGGCCCAGGACCUGUUUGGCUGAGCUGUUUAAAGUCCCCUUCCUUAAGUGGAUUUAAAGUGUAUUGAAGCUCUAGUGUGAUGAGGUCCUUAAAAGACAUUGGGUUUUCCCGAAAUAUUCUGAGAACUGAAGUAAUUCUACCAGAUUGUGGCCUUAUUUUCUUUUCUUUUUUCAGGAAAAUAAUUUUGUAAUUGAUAGUGGAUAUUGUGGUUAAAAAUGAAAGUAUUAGAGAAAUAAAGUAAAUGGCUUAAGGCAAUGCAGUCCACCUCUUACUACUCAUUCUACUUGUGCUGGCAUUUUCUUGUCUCAUACUGCUCAGCUCCGGUCAGGAGCCUGGGAAAUGAGAAAGCAAGGGAAGAAUGCUAUGGGUUGCUUAGAGUAGUGUGUACUGCUAACCACUUAUAUCCCGAUUCAUCAUGAAUCUGUUCAGUCACUUUCCCAAGCUAUCCAAGCUUCAGCAUAUGAUCAAAGACAAAUGAACAAUGCCUGCACAGCUUUGGCAUAAGAACAUAAAAAGUGUCAUGCUGGAUCAGGUCAAAGGCUUAUCUAUUUGAGCCCCCUAUGCCCACAGUGGUCAGCCAGUUACCAUGAUAGGUAUGCCAGUAGGGCAUGAGUGCAACAAUACUUUUUCACAUUUUUGCUUCAGCAGCUGAUACUCAAAGACAUGUUGUUUCUGGAGAGAAUACACACGCAUCAUAACUAGUAACUACCCCUACAGGCAGUCCCCGAGUUACAAACAUCCAACUUACAAAUGACUCAUAGUUACAAAGGGGGAUGAGACAACAGGAAGUGAAAAAAAAUCUACCUCUCAAAAGGGAAUUUUACUCCUGAAAGAGUUAUCAUGGGGAAAAGGUAUGUGCACCGAAGUUUUAUCGUCAGUCCUUAUUUCCACAAGACAUUUAUUUUCAAAAUCUAAUUAUCACAGGGACAGAAAGUGAAGUGAAAUCUUCUCAACAGGAACACAGACAGCAAAAGGGUUGUUCAGCCUUCCCUAAGCUAUCCAAAGCUUUUAGAUCUAUAACUAUAACUAUACAUAUAAUAAAAGUGAAAAAUGUGUAUGUGUGUAUGUGACGGAGGUGUCCACUUACACAGGCAGCCUCCUGCCUCCACAUACAGCUAUAGUUCCCACUGAGCAGGAGACACCAAUGGCCUUCCUGCCACUGACAUGCAGGUUAUAGUGAGCACCCUGAACAUGCAGCCAAACCUGCCACUGUCCUUCACCAGCAUCAUUCUGUCCCCCACACAAGUGAAGGCUUUCAUACAGGGACAGUUUCAUCCUAGAUGUUCUGUUUUUCCUCCAGAAUGGACAUCCUAGGGUUCCUUAAUUUGCAUGACUCCCUCAUUGCCUCUCCCUUAACCCUUUCCUACCUUUUCCUAUUGCAUAUAGUUAACAAAGAAGUUGAUCAGCAACUAAACAAGAAGUUUCUACCAUGAUUUACAGGAGUUGUACUUGACCUACAUCCAGGGAGCAAUGUUAAUCCAACCAAUGAUGGAUCUAGACCAAACUUGCCAUUGAUGACAGGACUUCCAGUACCUUCACUGAUACUGUAACCCACCCCCACCCCCACUGACAAUGGACCAAACUUGGCACAGAGAAGCUACUGCAGGUGUUAGUGGGAAUGUACCUUGAUUUUGGGAGCUAUAGUUCACCUACAUCCAGAGAAACUGUGACCCCCAUAGACAAUAAACUGGGUUCCCAAGCUAGCAUAUAUUAUAUAUUUGGCUGGAAUUAUACUUUUAAAAUGUACCUGUUCCAACUUAUAUUGAAUGAAGUACUUCUUUUGAUCUCUCCUGAAUUUCUUUUGAUUCAGCAUCAGUUGGGCAACCCCAGUCAUAUGAAAGAUACACACUUUUUUCCAUAUCAAGGAUCAUUUUUCACAUUUGUCUGAUGUCACCCCACAUCUUUUCCCUCACUAAACAACCCUGAGAUGCUGGUCUUCGGGUUCUCAGUGGAGAACACUAGACAUCACAUCCGUUUUUGCCUUGCUAAGAACCCAUAAGGAUAUUAUUUUGGUAUGGAAAAGGAUUGUAAUCAUACCUCUAUGGAGAAGGAGGAGGAGCAGUGUCAUGAAUUAAAGGGAAAGGAUUGCGCAACAACAAUAACAAGAAAUAGCUGAAUAAAAUUUCCCAGGUCGUAGCAGAAGGAAUGCAACUAAUUUGCCUUGGUAUUUAAAAGGAACAAUUAAGGCUUUGUUGCUGUUCUGCUUUGAGUUAAAUGCACUGUUGAGUUUUUAAAUAUAAUUUUAGAAAUUGCAUUAACUUUCUGUGUUUUACAGAGAUGGUUGCUUAGAUAGUGCACAUUGUGUAGCUUUUUAAGGAGUAGAGGUGAUGUGUAUUUUGCAAAUUAGUUGUUUAAUUUUUAGGUAUAUGAAGUGCUAGUGAAUGAAGUGGAACAGGUAGAUCAAAGGAAAUCCAGUGUAUAAGUGUUUUGUUUCAUUGAAACACUGAACCAAUUGUGUGCUACAAAAUACAUCAAAGUGUCUUAUGAAGUUGAAAAAAUAGGACAUUCUGAAUUAACUUGACACCACAGUUCUUCCUACUUCCACUGUUGCUACAAAAUCAGGUAGCAAAAAGCCAUGAAAUCAGAAGCCACAGCAAUCCUGGACUUAGGGUUUCCAUUUUAACUAGUGGGUUGAAUUUUAUGUAGAUUCUAGAAAUGACAACUGAUGCCUAUUACAAUCUUCCCAGAUGCCAAGCUUAUGCCUUAUAGGAGCAGAGUCACAGAGAAAACGAUUCCUUCAAAUUGUUUUCUGAAAAACAAGCUUGCCCCUACUUUUGCCAGUAAGUGACAUCUCAUGCCUGUAACUGACACCAUGAUAUUUCCUCCUUCAGUUCCAGUUUCUAGCUCCUUGGGUAAAUAUUAUAAUUCUCCAUGAAUGUUUAACUCAGUGCAUUUCUGGACUUCUUACAUCUUCAGGAAAUAACACAAGUCAUGGGGAAAAUACAGCUGGAUGCGGUGUAUAUACAUUUUUUAAAAAUGUAAUGUAUCUGUAAAGACUGGGCACCCAUCUAGUAGCAGGGCUGUUUUGGUAAUAAUAAUAAUAAUAAUAAUAAUAAUAAUAAUAAUAAUAAUAAUAAUAAAUAUCCUACCGCCAUCUCCCAGAAGGGACUUGGGGUAGCUUACAAGGCACUCUAGGGUGCACAUAUAACAUACAACAGGUAAAAACGAUACAAAAGUAUAAAACAAGUCACGUAAAAUUAUAACAACAACCCCUUCCAACACAUAUAGCUUAAAAUCAAAAAAUACUAUCUUAAAACAACAGUAGUUAAACUAACAGCUAUCAGUUCAUAAAGUGCAAAGUGUCAACUUCAUAUAGGCCCAUUAAGCCUACUCAAGGUCAAAAGCCUGUUUAAACAUCCAUGUUUUCAGGUUUGAAUUGAAAGAUUGAAGGGUGGGGGGCUAGUUUAAUCUCUUUUGGGAGGGUAUUCCAGAGCUGAGGAGCCACCACAGAAAAGGCCCUCUCUCUCAUCCCCACCAACCUCGCUUAAGAUGGUGAUGGGCCUCCCCUGUCGAUCUCAGAGCCUACACUGGUUCAUAGAAAGAGAUGUGGUCAUGAAGAUAGGUUGGACCCGAAGUGUGUAAGGCUUUAUAGAUAACAGCCUGCACCUUGAAUUGAGCCCAAAAACUUAUUGGAAGAUGGUGGAGCUGCUGCAACAGGAGCAUGGUAUGUCUGGACUCCUUGUGAGUAGACUGCAGCCCCAGGCCCUUUCCAUCUGGGUGUGACUCAGCACUUCCUAGGAAGGACCAUCUAUAAAGCCUGAGUCCACAAGGCCCUGGCAGGGCUGAGAGGCCUGCUGUUGUGCUGCAGAAGAGGCCAGAAACAUCUCCAGCCAGUCUGCCUGUUGCUGCCUCUGGACUCCUUGCCUACUGCCCCCCUCCCUUUUUCCCAGCGCUGGCCUACUGCCCUCCUCGCUUUCCCCAGCAUUGGCUAUUGAGUGGUAGAGUGGUAUACUAUAGGAAGGUUCUCUGAGAAGGUAACAGGAAAUGAGUUGGAAGGAAACUUCAGGGAAGAAUGAACUCGCAAACCUAUGUGAUCUGCUGGGAAAAUCAUUCAAUACCGUCUUGCAACAGCUGGAAAUACUGAACUUGAAACUUGACCAUCUCUUCAAAGGAAUUUCCCUGAUUGUAAAAAAUCCUUCUCCUACGGACAUUAUAACAACUAUAUCAACCAGGCCCAUUAACAUGAAUAAGGAAUUAAGCUCUCUGGAAGGCCGUGGGGGAAUUAAGCCUAAGGAGGAGAAGGUAGUCGUCGGAUCAGGCCUUGGAGUAACUAGAAAGGGGGGUGGGGCCUUAUCUAGGGGAAUGAGCAUGGGGAGGAUGGAUAGGAAGGAUACCAACAAUGCCCUGCAGAAGCCGAAUAAUGAGCUGUCCUCUAAAUUGGUUGAACAACCUUUGGAUACUUCCUGCAAUUCUCAACAUCUUUUACGAACAAAUAAGGUUGCAGUGGAAGUUUCAGACUCAUUAUUGAAUAGAGGCAGGUGGACUUCUAAGCGAGCGGUCCAGAUAUCUCUCUCUCAAAUUUUAUCCAUAAGCCGGUCGGAAGUGAAGAUUAAGACUAUCGACUGGCUUUGUAGGGAGUACCAAUCCUGGAACCGCUCCCUGUGUCUUAUCAUCGGCUUGGAAGAUAAAAUAUUAAGGGAUAAAUUGUAUUUGUGUGGGCCUAAACUGCAACAGUGGGGCAUCACUCUUAGGAGGGUGCUAGUAGACCCACUAAUUCGCCCCUUGGACAUCGGGCCGAGUAUGGAUGUUCAAGAUUCCCCAUUGCGAAGUCAUGCUUGUUCUACCCCCCAGUCCCACAACAAGUCUCCACUCUUGUCUAGUCGGCUUACUAUUCAUGAUGAGGCCAAAUCAAUCGAUGCCUCUCUCCCAAUAAUGGAGAGAAGCUCCUUUUGUAAACAAACAAGCACUUUUGGAGGCUUUCCUUUCCAGGACAGUUGACUAGUCCCGGCAACUGGCAAUUCCGCCCAGUUUUUCCAUCAGGGGGAGGAGGGCUUGACUGGAGGUGGCUCCAUUGAGGUGAUAUGGGGGAGGAGAAAGCACAGUCACCACCAACCCAGGGAGAAGCGCAACAGAGUUUUUGCGACCCUGGAGAGGAUUAGGUGUGGUAGUCUUCAGGACAGACCCCCCAACCUUAAGGUCCUGCUUUUGAACGCCAGAUCUGUCAAUGGUAAAACAGCUGUCAUCCAGGAUUUGAUCCUGGAUGAGAGGGCAGAUCUGGCAUGCAUCACCGAGACAUGGCUGGAUGAGCUGGGAGGUGUGAAUCUUACCCAGCUGUGUCCUCCUGGUUUCGGGGUGCAUCAACAGGCCAGAGUUGGGGGGCGGGGAGGAGGAGUUGCGGUGAUCUUUCGGCAGUCCAUCGCCCUGAUCAGAUGCGCCGUUCCACAAUCCCCGAGGUUCGAGUGUGUCUUCCUGAAGGUGGGAGCCCGAGACAGCUUGGGGAUUCUGUUGGUGUACCGUCCACCCCGCGACCCAGCAGUCUCUCUGUCCGAGCUAGCAGAAGUGGUCUCCAAUGCGGCCCUUGUCUCCCAACAACUGAUAGUUUUGGGAGACUUUAACAUUCAUGCCGAGUCCACAUUGACAGGUGCAGCUCAGGAUUUCAUGGUUGCCAUGACAACCAUGGGGCUGUCUCAAGUUAUAUCAGGGCCCACACAUCAGGCAGGACACACCUUGGACCUUGUUUUUGUUGUGGACGGUGGGACAGUCAGAGUGGAAGAGCAAAACAUUCUUCCAUUGUCAUGGUCUGACCAUCAUCUGAUCUGUUUAAGUAUCGCCGUGCCUUCUAACCUCCGCAGGGGUGGUGGACCCAUUAAGAUGGUCCGCCCCAGGAGACUGAUGGAUCCGGAUGGACUUCUGAGGUCUCUUGGGGAUCUUCCUGUCCUGGAGACUGGCGAUCCUGUCGAUGUCCUGGUUGAUCGCUAUAAUAGUGAGCUAUCAAGGGCAUUGGACACGAUCGCUCCCGAACGUCCCCUCUCACUGCGUAGAGUCGCGUCGACUCCUUGGUUGACCGAGGAGUUGGCUGUGAUGAAGCGUAGGAGGAGGGGACUAGAGUGCAUCUGGAGGAAAUCUCGGGACGUGUCCGACCAAGCACGGGCUAAAGCCGCUAUUAAGGCGUACUCCGUGGCUCUGCGAGCAGCCAGGAAAGUUUUCACGACUGCCCGCAUAGCGUCUGCAGCCAACAGGCCAUCGGAGUUGUUCCGAGUUGUGGGGGAGCUCCUGCGGCCUCCUGAGGUCCAGGGGCUUCCCGAUGACUUGGCAACUGGGUGCAGCGAUUUCGCGCACCACUUUGCAGGCAAAGUUGCUCAGAUACGCCUUGAGCUAGACUCCAGCUCAAUUGUGGUCUCAGCGGAGGUAACCGAGGUACCUGUCUGUUCGAUCUUAUGGGAUUCUUUCCGGCUUGUUCUUCCUGAUGACGUGGAGGGGAUUCUUGGGUCUGUGAGGGCGACCACCUGCGCUCUGGAUCCUUGUCCCUCUUGGCUGGUCAAGCUGGCCAAAGAUGGGUUGUUGGAUUGGUUUGUGACCAUAAUAAAUGCUUCUUUGGUUCAGGGGUCGGUGCCAUCCUACUUUAAGCAGGCGGUAGUAAAACCACUACUAAAAAAGCCUUCGCUUGACCCAUCUAUUUGUAACAACUACAGACCAAUCUCCAACCUCCCGUUUUUGGGCAAGGUUCUGGAGCGGGUGGUUGCCACGCAGCUCCAGGAAUUUCUCGAUGACACUGAUUUUCUGGACCGCUCGCAGUCUGGCUUCAGGCCUGGGUACAGUACCGAGACGGCUCUGGUCGCCUUGGUGGAUGACCUCCGCAGGGAGCUGGACAGGGGGAGUGUGACCCUGCUGGUUCUCUUGGACAUCUCAGCGGCUUUCGAUACCAUCGACCAUGGUAUCCUUCUGGGGAGGCUCGCCGGGAUGGGGCUCGGUGGCACGGUUCUGCAGUGGCUCCGGUCCUUCCUGGAGGGUCGUUCCCAGAUGGUGAAGCUGGGGGACACCUGCUCGGACCCCUGGCCAUUGACCUGUGGGGUCCCGCAAGGGUCUAUUUUAUCCCCCAUGCUAUUUAACAUCUACAUGAAACCGUUGGGAGAGGUCAUCCGGAGUUUUGGAGGGUGUUGCCAUCUCUACGCAGAUGACACGCAAAUCCACUACUCAUUUCCAUCUAACUCCAAGGAAGCCCCUCGGAUUCUGAACCAGUGCCUGGCCGCUGUGGCGGACUGGAUGAGGAGGAACAAGCUGAGGAUCAAUCCUGACAAGACAGAGGCCCUCCUGGUCAGUCGCCCAUCUGAUCGGGGUAUUGGGUGGCAACCUGUGCUGGACGGGGUUGCACUCCCCCUGAAAUCACAGGUCCGCAGUUUGGGGGUCCUCCUGGAUUCAGCGUUGACGCUUGAGGCUCAGGUGUCGGCGGUGGCCGGGAGGGCUUUCGCACAACUCAAACUUGUGCGCCAACUGCGACCAUACCUCGUGAAGUCUGACUUGACCACGGUGGUGCAUGCCUUAGUUACCUCUAGACUGGACUACUGUAAUGCGCUCUACGUGGGGCUUCCCGUGAAGACGGCCCGGAAACUACAAUUGGUCCAGCGCUCGGCUGCCAGAUUAAUAACAGGGGCGAGCUACAGGGAACGAUCUACUCCCCUGUUUAAAGAGCUCCACUGGCUGCCGUUCACUUUCCGGUCCCAAUUCAAGGUGCAGACCAUCAUCUAUAAAGCCCUAAACGGUUUGGGACCCACCUACCUUAGGGACCGUAUCUCCUACCAUAAACCUGCUCGUUCCCUUCGUUCAUCCGGGGAGGCCUUCCUUUCGCCACUGCCUCUGUCCCAGGCCCGUCUUGUGGGAACGAGGGAGAGGGCUUUUUCUGCUGUGGCCCCCCGACUGUGGAAUUCAUUGCCCACUGAGAUUAGGCAAGCCCCCACCUUGUUAGCCUUUAAGAAAGAUCUAAAAACAUGGCUUUUCCGAUGUGCCUUUGGGGAGUAAAUGUAAUAUAUUGCUCUGGCCAUUCCCCUUGGUUUUUAUCCUUUAGACUGCUCCACCAUUUUAUUUCCCUGUUUCCCCCUAUUCCUAUGUCUCUCUCUCCCGAGUUUUUAAUUAAGUGUUCAUGUGGCCCGCCCUGUUUUUUACUGUUUUCUCUGAUUUGUGCUGUAAUGUAUAUGAUUAUUUUUGCACUGUUAUAUUGUGUUAUGAUAUGUUGUUUUAUUUUGUUAUAUUGUAUGGUGUCUGGGCAUGGCCCCAUGUAAGCCGCCCCGAGUCCCCGUUGGGGAGAUGGUGGCGGGGUAUAAAUAAAGUUUUAUUAUUAUUAUUAUAUUAGCUAGCUCCAGUUAGUAAUCUGGCAGUUGACCUUUGCACUAGCUGCAGUUUCCAAAUCUUCUUCAAAGGCAGCCCCACAUAGAGUGCAUUACAGUGGUCCAAUCUGGAUAUAACUAAGUCAUGGACCACCAUAGACAAGUCAGGCUUUUUGAGGUACGGUUGUAGCUGGUGCACAAGUUUUAAAUGUGUGAAGUCCCUCCCGGACACCGCUAACAUCCGAGCCUCAAGCAUCCAUGGUGAGUCCAAGAGAACCUCCAGUCUCCUGACCUGUGUCCUCAGAGAGAGUGUAACUCCAUCAAGCACAGGUUGCCACUCUAUACCCCAAUUGACCUUGCAACUGACCAGAAGGACCUCUGUCUUGUCUGGAUUAAGUCUCAGCUUGUCAUCUAGUCCAUCACAGCUGCCAGGAACUGGUUUAGGAUCCAGGGAGCUUCCCUGGAACUUGAUGGAAAGAAGUAGUAGAGUUGGUGUCAUCUGCAUAGAGAUGACACCCAACUCCAAAACCCUGGAUGACCUCACCCAGCAGUUUCAUUUAGAUGAUGAAAAACAUGGGAGAAAGAAUGGAACCUUGCAGGACACCACAGUGAUCCGAGCAGAUGUCCCCCAGCAUCACCAUCUGGGUACAAUCUUCCAGGAAGGAGCGAAGCCACUGCAAAGCAGAAGGAUAUCAUGGUCAAUGGUAUUGAAAGCUGCUGAGAUGUCCAAGAGAACCAAUAGGGUCACACUCCCCCUGUUUAGUUCUCUGUAGAGGUUAUCCACCAGGGCGACCAAAGCUGUCUCCAAUCUGUGACCAGGCCUAAAACCAGACUGUGAAGGAUCAAGAUAAUCUGUGUCUCCCAAGAAUCCCUGGAGUUGGGAAGCAAUCACCCACUUCAGAACCUUGCCCAGAAAAGGGAAGUUUGAAAUAGGCUGGUAGUUAUUUAGUAUAGUUGGAUCCAGGGAUGAUUUCUUUAGAAUAGGUUUUACAAUUAGAUGGUAAAUGUCCCUGGUCCAGCAAGGCAUUAAUGAUCUUUGAGAGCUACUCAGUCAACCCCCCCCCCCACCCCCACUGUCAAGUUUGAUAAGCCAGGAAGGGCAAGGAUCUAGAGCACAAGUAGUUGUGCUCACAGCUUCAAGAAUCUUGUCCGCGUCAUCAGGCUGAACAGGAUGGAACAGACAGAUGCCUCAGAUACAUUUGUAGGAGCUACUAUCAAGCUGACGUUCAGGUUGGAAUGAACUUGAGCAACUUUUAUUUGCAAAAUGAUGGGUAAACUCACCACAUCGAGUCACCGCGCGAUCAGGAGACUCCCUGGGAACCAGUGUAGAGAAGUUCCCUGACCAUUCAGAACAACUCUGCUGAUCUGUUUGUCGCAGAUGCAAUGUUGGCAGUCAAGAAUGUUGCACUUGUUAAAUGUACCAAAAAGCCAGCAGUGAGGAAAGGAGACAGAGAAAAGAGAUUGGAGGUACACGUUCCAUUUGGAGCAAGGCUGGGUUAGUUAUCCCAUCAGUGUGACUUCUGCAUCUACUUGUAAAAAAAGGGCCCUUCCACACAGCUAUAUAACCCGGAAUAGCAAGGCAGAUAAUCCACAAUAUAUGUUUUGAACUGGGUUAUCUGAGUCCACACUGCCAUAUAAUCCAAUUCAAUGUGAAUUUUACGUAUCUGUAUGGAAGGGGCCUAAGCAUACCUUUCAACUGUCCUGAUUUUGCAAGGAGAGUCCUAAUAAACUCUCUGCUGUCUCACUUUUCUACUGCUUUUAAAAUAUCCCAGUUUCUCUCUCCUCUCACUUUCUUCCUUUGUACUAAGCUUUUCUCCAUUAAUACAAACUGGCGCAAAAGUAGUUCCAGGAAGGAAGAGGAGAGGAAAAAUAUAAUGUCAUACCCUCCAGCAUUUCACAGAUGGAAACUGGGGCUCAUGUGAUCAAGAAACAACAGAGCACGGCCAAGAGAGCAGGACCAUACAAACUAGGAAAUACUGCAAUAGUUUGUUUUUACCUGAACCUGAUGGAAAGGAAAAGAUUGCAUCCCUUUCAACUGUUCUGAAUUGGCUGCUUUGGAGUGCUCCUAUGCACUAUUUUAUACUCAAAACAGAGAGUGGAGAAAUUUUUUGGUUGGACUACACUUGCAUGUGUUCUUAACAAAACAUUACUAGGGUUAAAGUUCUGUUCAGUGCAGACCCUGAAAAUAUUUCAGACAGAUGCUUUUCUCUUUUCUUAGACUUGGUGUUUGUUAUAUUGGCAACUUUUCACUACUAAAAAAAGAGUGAACUUUUCCUUUACUGAGUUACAGUUGUACCUCAGUUACUGCAAAAGUAAUUAAUUACAAACAACUAUUUAUUUACAACAGAUUACUUCCAAGCUCUGAAGUGGACAAUUUCAUAAAGAGAAGGAUAGUUCUAUAGAUAACCAAAGCCAUACAGGGCUUUAAAGGCUAAAAUCAGGCAUUUGAAAUUAGCCUAAAAAUCAUUGAAAACCGGUCCAUAUCUUGCAGCAUUAGUGAUAUUUUGUUUCUGUUAUCAGUUAGUGGAUCAUACUGGUACAACUAUAACUUCUGGAAAUAUUUCAAAGGUAGCCAAUACAUGGAUCAUGUUGCCUUAGCCUUCAGAAAACUUAAAACAUGCACUAUUUAUGCUCUUGUCAGUCUUUGAGGGGUAUAUUUUAUUAGCCUAUUGCAGGGGAAAUGACAACUUGGCAUAAUCUUUCAUGCACUCCAGACCACUUCAUCAAAUACAUGGAAUGUAGCUUCAUUUGGCAAAUAUUUCUGCACAUGGUAGAAUAUGGAGUGUGGGGGAGAGUUUGUGCCAAAUAAAACUUGAUAGUCUUUGUGAAGUCAGAAAAUUGAAUUGUUUUGUCUGUCAUGGAAUAUAGAAACAAUUGGAGUGGCUGAUAUUAUUGCUCCUGAUAUUCCUUUCCAUCAAAUAGAACCUGUGCACAUUUUUGGUUUUUCAUAGAAACAGAACUGAUUGUGAGCAGCAGUGAAAGAAAGCAUAUAAUUGAUCUAAUCAAACAUCAAGGCUGACUGCUUGGCAAUAACAGCAACAAGCACCGAUUACUUCUCUAUCACCAUUUAUGUCAUCCAUUUGAUAUGUUUCAAAGGAUGAGUGGUAUUGACUUUCUUUAUGAUCCACCUUUAAUUUACAUACUCUGCUUUUACCCAUUAGGAAUCUAUAUGCAAAUGGAACACAUAAGGUAGCGUCCUCCUAGGUGCAGCUGGAGUGGGUACAAAUUGUCAUAUGUAAAUAAGGAACCAUCAGAUUGAAUUGUACUGGCACGUUACGAAAAUGAUGAACGUUUUGUAAUGAAUAUUUAUAAAAAGUGCCAUAUACAUGAGAAGUUAUUCUGCUAAUACUUUCAACGUCUUAAUCCACAAAGGCUGCUGGCCACUUAAAUAUUUAAUCAUAUAAGGACAUAUACAUGCUGCCCUAGGUCUUGUGCGUCAUAAUCUUCUGCUAUGUAAAAAUCAAAUGUCAUUUCAACCAUAUAAUUUGUUUAUUGAAACUGGGAUGUCACAUUUAGCUGAAGCCUUUAAAAUUCAUGCUCAUUAGCUUCAUUUGGGUACUCACAUUUACAGUGCAUGUGAAACCCAAGUUUAGUACCUAAGCUGACAUUACUGGAGAUCAAAAAGAAGGACAUUUUUGCUCUGUUUAUUGAGCUCACUGCACAUUAUGGCAGACAACUUUGGUAACAUAUAUGUUUAGUUAGUUAAUGAAGAAAUUUUCUAGUGUUCCCCACUCCAACCACCUAGAAUUCAAAACAUGCUAAUCAUUUACAGGGAAAGAUGCAAAUUAUAGAAAUCAGAGGAGCAAACUGCAUGGAGGUUAGGGGGAUAAAUAAUGUCAAAGUUUCGUGCGUCUUCAUAUUAUGCUAACAGGUUUAUGCGAUGGCAUUGUUUAACAGUUUUUAGUUGCAUUCGAAAAUAACUGAACACAUCAGGGUAUUCAGAUCGUGAUCAGAAAAUAUACACUUUAUUUGUAUUCCGCUUUAUUUCCCCGAAGGAACACAGAGCAAAUUAUAGUAUACACAUAUGAGGCAAACAUUCAAUGUCUAAUUAUACAGUGAACAACAACAACACACAGACAAAGGGAAAGGCUUUUCAUCUCCGUUGUCUGGAGGUGAUGAUUAACUUCAGCCAUGGAGAGGUGUUCUUGUUCCAUUUUUCCAUACUGAGGAGCCUGUUCUCUGAAGACAUCUCUGAUCGUGUUGCCUGCAUGUCUGCAUGGAGUACCCUUUUACCUUCCCACCAAGGCAAUACCUACUGCUCUGCUCUCAAUGCAUGCUUUCGAACUGCUAGCUUGGCAGAAGCUAGAGCUAUCAAUCAACUCACAACUCACAGCUUCAAACUGCCAACCCUCCAGUCAGCAGAUAUCAUGCAGCUAGCAGUUUAACCCAGUGUGCUACCACAACCCCAAUCAAAGGCCAUACCAAUGAUUUAGUUCAGAGGUAAUCAAACUUUUUCAGCCACAGAGCCAUUUUUGAAACAAAAGUUUCUUGUGGAGCUCCAAGAAAUGUUUGUUUCUAUAUAUGAAAAAGUAUAUAACUUCAAGAAGGGUGAUACUAUAUAGAUAUAUACAUUUAUAUAAGAAGAUUUCUUAUGAGUAGCUCCUAUGUGAAUGUUAGAUAAUUAAAAUAAAUAUUUACAUGUAUACUACUAAUCUACUGACAAAAGAAAUUAACUUAAAGAUAUGUAGAUAAUUAACUGCCAUCAAGGGUAGAAAUUAAUUAAUUGAUGAAAUAAGAAGGAAUAUUAUGCAGAGUUGGAAGAGUAGAGAAAAAAAGAAGGGACAAUAUAAGAAGAUUAAAAAAAUCAACAUGGAUCCUGAAGGAUAAUCUGUUACUCUUGUUAGAGAAGAUGUCAUAGUUGGAACUUUUUUAUUUUACUUCACUUCCUCCCUAUACUAAAGAAUAUGCAUAAAUAUACUCCCUCCCUCUAUGUCUUUGACCAUAUAAUAGAUUCAUGUGUAGAACUAUUUAACUAACACAGCUCCGAAACUUAAACACUAUAUUCCGUGAUGUUUCCAUCUUUUUCCCUUUUUAAUAGCUUAUUUGAGUUUUUUCCUCUUUUUUUGAAAUCAUUUUUAUGGAAGAUUUGUAAGCAAAUUUUGUUCCACUUACAUCUGGUAUCUAAUUUUUUUUCCAAUACAUUAAAAGAAGGUGAACAAUGUGUCUUGAGGAGAUUGUGGAAAAAAGGUAAAGGGUUAACGAAAUAAAACAAAAAGUGAAAAGAAAAGAUAAAAGUAUAAGAAAAAAAGAAAAUAAUAAUGACCACAAAAAUAUAGACAUAGACCCAUCCAUAUAGUAAGUGAAAAGUUGCUAUAUUUAUCUGUUACUUCCAGAUCCCCUGAGUGUCUCCUUUUAUUUGUCUUUUAACAUCUCUCUCUUUUUUGUAUAGUUUCCUAUAUCUUUAUUUAGCUUCGCCUUGGGGCUCUCUUUAGGUUUUACAUGUAUAGUAAUUUUUUCUUUGUGUAGGUAGUCUAUCAAUAUUUUCUAAUCCGUUCUAUUGGUUGGUGUUCUGUUUUGCAACAGUUUUUGCGUUAGCAUAUUCAUUAAGUCUAGUGAUCCAUUUUUUGGUGGUGGGUAUCUUUAGUUUUCCAUAACUGGGCUAGAGUUAUUCUUGCUGCUGUGGUGAGAUGAAAUAAAAACCUGUCUGCAUGUUGAUCUAACUGUAUGUCGUAGAUCCCUAGCAAAAAAGCAUUCUUGUUUAAAUUCUAGCUGUCUUUGUAGUAUUUUCUCUUUAUUUAUUUACCUCAUACCAGAAUUUCUUCACUUUUUUGCAUUCCCACCACAUGUGCAUGAAUGUGCCGACACUUCUUCCCCAUUUCCAACAUUUUCCAUCUGAUUUGCCUUAGCAAUUUGUUUGGAGUCAGGUACCACUUAUAAAAGAUUUUGUACCAAUUCUCUCUGAUCUCUGCUGCAUAUGCAUAUUUGAGCUUUCUAGUCCAUAUUUCCUUCCACUGUCUCAUACAAAUUGUAAGGCCUAUUUCCCUGGCCCAUUUUAUCAUAGCUUCUUUUACUUGUUCUUCCUCUGUUGACCAAGUAAGUAGUUGUUUGUAUAUUAUUUUUAUUAAUUUGUUGUCUAUUUUCAAAAUUUUAUCCCAAAAUGUCUUUUCUAUUUGAAAUCCUUUCUGGUCUUCCUUAUAUUCUUCAUUUAUUUGGCAAUAUCAUAGCCAAUUUAUAGUGGGGUGUAAUUCUCUGAUCUGUUCUUGUGAUUUUAGUUUUACCUCUUGGUCUCUAAUUAUUAAUAAAUGUUUAUAGGUUAUACACCUAUCACUGGGGAGUUCUCUUCUAUGCUUUGCCUCUCCAGGUGAAAACCACAUGGCGGUUUUAGUGUAUAACCUGUCUUUAUAUUUGUCCCAUAUUUUGAUUAAAGAGGCCCUUAUCACAUGAUUUCUGAUUUUUUUUUCUAUUGUUGAUUUUCCUUUCCACAAGUAGUUGUGCCAUCCUCGUCUUAGAUCUUCCCCUUCCAGGGUCAUUUUUUUUUCUUGUCCCGUGAGAUCCAGUCCUUAAUCCAUGUUAGAGCAGCAGCCUCAUAAUAUAAUUGUAGGUCUGGUAGACUCAGACCCCCUAGUCUUUUAUCAUCUUUUAGGUUUAGGUGUUUUAUUCUUGCUUUUUUAUUGCUCCAUAUAAAUUUUUAAUAGCUUUCUCCCACUUGUUAAAUGUAACUUUGGAUCUUAUUAUUGGUAUUGUCUGAAAUAAGUAACGUACGUCUGCUAGAAUUUUCAUUUUUACUAUGGCUAUUCUGCCUAAGAGGGAGAGGUUUAGAUUUCCCCGCCGCUUCAUUUUUUCCUUAAUUUCUCUCCAUUUCUCAUCAUAAUUAUUUUUAAUAGCUGUGUGUUGCUUGUUGUUAUCUCUAUUCCCAGGUGUUUUACUUUUCUUACAAUCUCAAUGCCUGUCUUCUUCAUUAGUUCUUCUUUCUUUUCUUUUGGUAUGUUUUCUGUUAACAUUUUAGUUUUUUCCUUGUUAAUUUUAAAUCCCCCCACCUCUCCAAAAGUCUCUAGUUCAUUCCACCAUUGAUUCCAUUGGUUUAUCAGAUUUUCAAUUAUACAUACCAUGUCAUCUGCAAACAUACAUACUUUAUAAUUAUCUUUUUUUAUCCUUAGUCCCUUUAGGUCUUCAUUUUUUCCUUAUUCUUGCUAGCAUGAUUUCCAUAGUCAUUAUAAAGAUCAGCGGUGAUAGGGGGCAACCCUGCCUUGUUCCUUUGUGUAAACUGAUUUCUUUAGUCAUUUGACCAUUAAUUAUUGAUUGUAUUUAUAAAGUAAUAUCCAGUAUCCAGCUCUUUGAAUAAUUCUAUUAUAAAGUUCCAAUUAACUUUUUUGAAGGCUUUCUCCGCAUUGAGGAAGAGCAAGCCAACUUCUUUUUGCGUGUUUCUAUCAUAAUGUUUGAUUGUAUUUAUGAUGGUCUUCUUUUUCCUCUUUUUUGAAAACUAAAUGAAAACUUAUUUACACAAAAAGAAAGAAAAAAUGAACAAAGUUCAUUUCUUCACACUGAACAUAUCUCAUUUGUAGUGCAAAAAAGAAAAUAAAAACAAUACAAUAUUUAAAAUGAAGAAGAAUUUUAACCAACAUAAACAUAACACUAUUUCUGUGGAAGACCUCAGGGGCCAUCCAGUCCAUUCUCCUUCUGCCAUUCAGAAAAUGCACAGUCAAAGCACCCCAACAGAUGGCCACCCAACAUAAUAAUAAUAAUAAUAAUAAUAAUAAUAAUAAUAAUAAUAAUAAUAAUAAUAAUAAUAAUAAAGAACAAGGUUUGGAUCAUUGAUGUUGCCAUCCCAGGUGACAGUUGCAUUGAUGAAAAACAACAGGAAAAACUCAACCGCUAUCAGGACCUCAAGAUUGAACUUCAAAGAAUCUGGCAGAAACCAGUGCAGGUGGUCCCGGUGGUGAUGGGCACACUGGGUGCCGUGCCAAAAGAUCUCAGCCGGCAUUUGGAAACAAUAGACUUUGACAAA